AUGGACAACAUCGACUGUGGAAUGAAUAAAAUUCUCCGAAGGAUUGACUCGAUGACCAACAUCCUGAAAGGUCUGGACACUCGUAUACAAAGUAUGGAGACGGAGUUGCUGAAGAUUCGACUAAAUCAAGAUGAAGAUUCGAGUGAGUUUUCCUAUUCGGAUGAGGAGGGAUGCGAAGGGGAUUUUAACCUCGUAACGCCAGAAGAGGAAGACUCCAGCUGUAAGUUAGAUCCACCCCCUUUCAUGGAGAAUUAUAAUCUUGGUCAAUUUCGUCGGUGGAUAGAACAUGUAGAAAGGUGUUUUGAGUUUAGUAGAACCCCAGAUGAUGAAGAAGUAGAAUUUGUAGUCUCCUGCAGUUUUAAAGAUGGGGUUUUAUCAUGGUGGGAACAAAUCCAAAAGCUAAGUAUGCGAAUUGAUAAAAAACCGAUUCAAGAUUGGACAACGAUGAAGAAGUUGCUGAUGGCUCGAUUUUUUUGUCCAGAUUCUUUUGUAACCAAAGUGGACCACUAA